AUGUGUUCCUGCAGCCUUUACCCACAGCCCCAUCCUUACCCCCAUCCCCACAGCCGCUCGCACGCCUCCCACUCCAAGAGAGGAGCCACAGCGCUUUCACACAGCCAGGAAGAGCUUCUCCCCCACUGCCACAGCUUCAGCGGGGGUUCUCGCCCCAAGCCUCUCCCCCCAAAACCAGAUUCCAGUCAGGCCAAAUCAGGCAGCCAAUCUAACCUCAGCCUCAGCACACAGCCCAUGGACCAUCCCCCUCAGCCCUCACCCUCGCCCCCCCAGCAGCCAUCCAUGUCUCCCACUUCUCUCCCGGUGCCCAUCCCGCCUCCACCCUCUUCAUCCUCCGUCCCACCCCCAGCAGGGGUCGGGAUGGUGGGCCAGGCUCAGGCUUCGGCCAGUGCCAAGCUCCAGUAUCAGAGACUUCGCUCGGUGCCACAGCCACGGAGGUUCUUCUCCCCACACCUGCCACUCAAAGCCAAGAGCCUUUGCUCUCGCCGAGGGUCGGCCCACUUCUCCAGCCUGGAGAGCGAGGUAUGA